GGGCCUUCUGCUCUUAAAGGGACCCGGGCGCGGGGCGCGGAGCUCGGGAGGCGGUGCCGCAGGAAGCAGCUCAGGGCGCCAGGUUCCGAACAGGCGCGAUGGCAGAGAAGGUGCUGGUGACAGGCGGCGCUGGCUACAUCGGCAGCCACACGGUGCUGGAACUGCUGGAGGCCGGCUAUUUGCCCGUGGUCAUUGACAACUUCCAUAAUGCCAUCCGUGGCGGGGGCUCCAUGCCUGAGAGCCUGCAGCGGGUUCAGGAGCUGACAGGCCGCUCUCUGGAGUUUGAGGAGAUGGACAUCUUGGACCAGGCAGCCUUACAGCGUCUCUUCAAGAAGCAUAACUUUAUGGCAGUCAUCCACUUUGCGGGCCUCAAGGCUGUGGGAGAGUCCGUGCAGAAGCCUCUGGAUUAUUACAGAGUUAACCUGACCGGAACCAUCCAGCUUCUGGAGAUCAUGAGGGCCCAUGGGGUGAAGAACCUGGUGUUCAGCAGCUCGGCUACCGUGUACGGGAACCCCCAGUACCUGCCCCUGGAUGAGGCCCACCCCACGGGUGGCUGUACCAACCCCUAUGGCAAGUCCAAGUUCUUCAUCGAGGAGAUGAUCCGGGACGUGUGCCGGGCAGACAAGGCCUGGAACGCAGUGCUGCUGCGAUACUUCAACCCCAUAGGCGCCCAUGCCUCGGGCUGCAUCGGUGAGGACCCCCAGGGCAUCCCCAACAACCUCAUGCCCUAUGUCUCCCAGGUGGCAAUUGGGCGACGGGAGGCCUUGAAUGUCUUUGGCAAUGACUAUGACACAGAGGAUGGCACAGGUGUCCGGGAUUACAUCCAUGUCGUGGAUCUGGCCAAGGGCCACAUCGCGGCCUUGAGGAAGCUGAAGGAGCAGUGUGGCUGUCGGAUCUAUAACCUGGGCACAGGCACAGGCUACUCGGUGCUACAGAUGGUCCGGGCCAUGGAAAAGGCUUCUGGGCAGAAGAUCCCUUACAAGGUGGUGGCACGGCGGGAAGGGGACGUGGCUGCCUGUUAUGCCGACCCCAGCCUGGCCCUCAAGGAGCUGGGCUGGACAGCAUCCUUAGGGCUGGACAGGAUGUGUGAGGAUCUGUGGCGCUGGCAGAAGCAGAAUCCUUCAGGCUUUGGCGUGCAGGCCUGAGACCCUCCCCCGCCUCGCACCGGUGAAGGAAGAAGCCCUGCUUGUUCUCGGCCUCCCCUACCUCAGACCCCAUAUGGGCCUGCUCCGCCCACCAGGCAGGGUGCCAAGGGUGCUACUGACCAGGAGUUGGGGGGGGUGUCUCUCUUUUUUUUUCCUUGAACCCGUCAGGACCACCAGAAGCAAGUGGGUGAACGAGGGCCCUGACACAGUCACUAAUUUAUACUCUGCUCAGAGAGAGUUCCAGAGAUUUCCAGAGUAUUUAAAAUAAAAGUUUUCUAACACUGGG